AUGGAAGACGGGCCUGGCGAGCCUGCAGAGCCCGCUGGUUUAGAGCCUUUGCAAUCGCCUAGAUGCUCAAAAGCCAAGCGGCAAAAAAUAGUUGAUCGAAUAAUUCCUUUCGUGGUCCUUGGAAUCAACGGGUACAUUCUCUAUGGUUUUUCAUACGAGGUUGUUUGGAAAUGGGUACAUCCGAAAGGUGUACGAAUUGCCGUGUAUACGAUUCUUGGUGUACUUAAUUUAAUGAUGUUGGUUUCCUGGGCCGCAGUACAACUUUGGGGACCCUCUGUGGUCGAUGAAAAGUAUAAGCGCAUCGAUUCCCCCCAUGAGCCUUUUGUCUGUGAUGAGGAUGGCUAUACACUGUGGUGUUCUCAAUGCCAGCACUUCAAACCAGCAAGAGCUCGGCACUCCUCGGCAGAAGGUGUGUGUGUGCCUGUUAUGGACCAUUAUUGCAUUUGGCUAGGCAGAGUUAUUGGCCAAGGCAACCUCAAGUUUUUUCUCCAGUUUGUUGUUUACUCUUGGUUCACGAUGAUCUUGAUCCUGGUGGUACAAUUCCGGUAUCAGCACAGGCUUCUGCCACAUAUUGCUGCUCAAGCGAUCCCUAUUUAUGUGCUUUGUGGCUUUUGGUUUCUGUUCCUUACUAUGCUCCUCAUUCAGCAUACAUACUUUCUGUUAACUUGUCAGUCAACAUUGGAACAUAUGGAUAGAAACAAAUCGCGAUAUCCUUAUUUUAAUAUACCUUUUAGAGACGGUCGCCAAGUUAUCAAAGCUACAAAGUCCGAUAUGGUCCCUGGUCCUUACUCUCUUGGCAUUGGACGUAACAUCACCCGAGUAAUGGGCCCCUGGUAUACGUGGUUGUUGCCUAUUAGGGAACCAAUCGAGGAGCCGGAAUUCAACAGACGCCUUUUAGGAAAAUUACAAGCUCGCCACGAAGCUUUCAUGGAGAAGGAACUAGCCUCUUCCACCCCCCCGGCUCCUGCAUCCCCGAGCUCCACCCAUGCGGUCACCCAAUUCACGCCUGAUUCAAAAAAUACACCCUUGCAUUUACCUGUGCUUGAUGAUGAGCCCAGUACCACCUCGUUUGCUACUGCUGAAAACUCGCUGACUCGAGAAAGUGAAUUCGAGUCGGCACUCUCUGCAUUCGAGUCUGUGUUCGAGUCGGCGCCCUCUACAUUCGAACGCGAUCCAGCAUCUCAUGAUAUCACACCAGUUGCUUCGAAUGCGAGCCUGUCUACUAUUGUUCCAAAUAAUUAA